GCAUCGAGGCUAGUGAUUGAUUGUUCCUUAACGUGUAUCAAAAUGGCCGCCGAAGUAGCCAUUGAUACGAUGCGAAACCCUGAUGAAAAGGAACUUGAAGAAGUAGAGGAGAGCAAGAGUGACGAAUUGUUCACAUUAGAAAUCCUGCCAGUAUUAAAGGAUGCACAACAAAGACAUGGACUGCGACAUGGAGAUUACCAAAGAUACAGGCAGUAUUGUGCCAGGAGGCUAGCCAGAGUCAGGCAUUCACUUCAUUUCCAACUUGGAUCCAGACAUGGUUACAAGGGAAAAAAGUUAACAAAAGAAAUCAUUAAUAGUGUCAGGUAUCUCUAUAUUCCACUAAUGAAUGCUGAAAGAUCUUGGAGUUAUGCUAUGGAGUUAAAAUUGCUUGCCAACACAGAACCAAGAAAAAAAUUUCACAUGACACGGAAGCUGCAUAAAGCUGUUUCAUAUGCAGAGGAGCUUCACUCUUUAUGUGAAAUGGACAAGGUUGAUGCAAGAACGAAACUCGAGUCAGAGGCGUAUUUAUAUUGGAUGACUGCCAAUCAAAGAUUUGAACUUCAAGAUUGGCAAUCAGCUAUUGAUCUAUAUGGAAGUGCAAGGACAAUAUACGAAAAGCUUGCUAGUGCGUUCAUUGAUGACACAAAGAUGCUUUACUUGCAAAGAGUGGAAGAAAUUGCUCCUAACAUUAGAUACUGUGCAUACAAUCUUGGGGAUACAAGUGUUGAUAUUAACGACUUGGUGAAGCUGCGAAUGAGUGCCGCUGGGCAGGACCUGCUUAUUGCUAAGAUUGAUGCGGCAAUCAGCCAGACCAGAGAGAAGUUAUCAGCAACUGUUGGUGAGGUAACAUGGAGAGGAAAGACAGUGCCGGUAAAGACCGAAAAGGCGCGUGCAUUUAUUCUGAGGAACCAAACAAAGGAUGAAGAAAUCACAAGAUGUGUUACGUCUGAUGAGAAACUCGAGUUCUAUGAUAACUUUCUCAUGGACUGCAAGGAGGCCUCUCAGGCUGUCAAAGAAGAUCUCAAUUAUGAAGCUGGCCCAAAAGGACAAAAGAAUGAGUCCAACAUUUCAAACCUGCGUUUUGUCAACACUUAUUUGUCAUUUUUGAGACAAACCUUGACAAUCGAACGUAACUUGGUUAUCAUUGAGACAUUGAAGUCGAGGCUGCCAUCCCUUAUUGCUGGUGAUACAAAGUCAACAAAUCGAGGCAAGCAGACCAAGCCGGAGGAUUUAAUGAAGAUGUAUGACGUCACUGUGCAAUGUUUAGUAGAAAUAGGUCAGCUACCAGGACUUGAGGAUGACGCAGAUCUUAGGCUGGAGUUGGAUGCACAGAUGACAGGAUACAAAGCGUACAGGUGCUACUACAUAGCUCAGUCGUACCACAACGGGAAAAAAUUGAAAGAGGCAAUAGCUUUGUAUGAUAAGGUUAUAACAUAUGUCAAGAAAGCCUUAGAAUUGGCUGCAAAGUCAUCAAAAACAUUGUUUAAGGUUGAAAUUGACAAGUUGCAGGAGCUUGCGAACCAGGCGAAAGGUCAAAGAUGUGCCGCGCAUGCUGCCCAUAUUCUUGAAACUUCAGAAGUUGAAGAAGUCGUUGAAAAUCUUUCAAUUGAUGACAGGCCCUUGAAAGAUCGCCCGGAUGUUUACCGGGAGGCUGCCGGUGCAUCAUUGAAGAAACCGAACUUGGUCAACUUUCCACCAAAUUUCCAGCCAGUGCCCUGCAAACCAUUAUUCUUUGACCUCGCCUUGAAUCAUAUCGAAAUGCCGAAUCUGGAGGCGAGGAUGGAAAAAAAGAAGAAGGCGGAAGGCGAAGGAAUAGCUGGUUUUGUCAAAGGAUGGUUAUGGGGAAAAUAGAUAUUUAUGGGUCAUGACUACCGGCUAAACAUUACAUUAUAGCAAAAAUAUCUUGAGAAUUAUCACAAUGAAUUAUAUUUCAUUUUCUGACUGAA